UGUGCUCUGUUAUCAUGUGCCCUGAAGUAGAGAGGCAUGAAAUUUAAGCGCGUGUUUGAGUUGCUAAUUUGUACCUUGAAAUAUAUCGAUUUUAGGUUUCGUUGUAUUUUGUAAAUUUUCGAGUUUAAUGGCUAAUUCAGUAUCACCUCUAAGCAAGCAUGAGCAUCUGUAUAAGAUUCUUGUGAUUGGAGAGCUGGGAACCGGCAAGACUAGCAUUAUCAAACGCUACGUCCAUCAAUUCUUCUCUCACAAUUAUCGGGCAACUAUUGGUGUGGACUUUGCUUUAAAGGUUUUGAACUGGGACGCUAAUACAAUAGUACGUCUUCAGCUAUGGGAUAUUGCUGGUCAAGAAAGGUUUGGCAACAUGACACGAGUGUAUUACAAAGAAGCUGUUGGAGCAUUUAUAGUUUUUGAUGCCAAUCGUUCUGCCACUUUCGAUGCCGUCCUACGUUGGAAAACUGAUCUGGAUGCCAAGGUCACGUUACCAGAUGGCUCAAAAAUUCCUUGUGUGCUACUAGCUAAUAAGUGUGACCUGCAGCCGGAAGGGCCAGUGGCAGACCCCUCGACCAUGGACGAGUUCUGCAAGGAGCAAGGAUUCUCGGGAUGGUUUCUGACUUCUGCAAAAGACAACGUCAAUGUUGAAGAUGCUGCAAAAUUCCUGGUCAGAAAAAUCCUGGAAAGUCAAGAUUCCAUCAUUGCUGAUGACCACUAUAACGACACAACAGUUCUGCAUGAGUAUCCUUUGCCAGUGGGACAGCCUGAGCGAAGGAGAAUCUGCUGCUGACCUUUGUCUACACCCAAACUAGUUAUCCUGAUCACAACUGCCAUUGGACGCUGUACUGUUGCAUUUGUUCUUUACACUUUUAACCUACCUUAGCAAUUCUGUAUUAUAAAAAUGGUGACAUUUUCACCUGUGGAAAAUAUCAUCCAAAGCGAGUUUGUGGAAUUACCAGUGCUCUGCAGCAAGUAAUGAGUAACCAAUAAUCUUUUCUCGCACAAUUUGUUGUAAUUUUGUCGCAAAUUUGUAUAUUUAAGGAAUCGUAAAUGCGUAUGCAUAUUAAAACAGUGGGUUCCAACAUCAGUGAACUUCCUCCAUUUGUUUAGUUUUUUCUACUAAUAUAAACGCAUUGUCUUGCCUUAAAAUUUAACCUGUUGUUUGUGUUCUAUUGUAUCUGCCAUCAAUAAAUUGCAGAAAUCAGGAAAGAUUUAGUACUAACAGGUAGAAACUAAUGAGAAAGGGAUAUGUGUUACAUUUUUAUAUUAAUUGAAGCAAUAAAACUUCAAUGCUGUCAAUAAUUCAUUCAAUCAACGAAAUUAAUACUUGAAUACAAUUAAAUAAAUCCCUUGUGCAAAGAAAAACAAUCUUGCAAAGAGAAAUAAAAUUUUCAUUAUAACUCUGUGCCUCGCUACGAGGAAUUACAUGACUGAUUUGACAAAUAAUUUGUAGCUCUUAUUUAUGCCCUAGUGUUCAGGCAUUGAUUGUGUACUCAGCAAUCAUAUGCAAUUUACUGUACUACUUAAAAAUAUGCAGUGUUAAAUUCUAUCAUUCAUUUUGGUUGCGAAUCAAGGGGAUACCUCUGCCCCCUUCCCCCAUUUUGUUUUAUACAUUUGUACUUUUUUCUAAUUGAGGAAAGCAUAAUUUUACUUUGUUUCUAGUGUAAUUAACAGAAAUUUUUCUGAAUUUUAUCAUGGCAUUAAUUAUUCUAUUUGCUCAAUCUUUUUUUAAAUUGGUUUAAGAGGUUUCUGUUCUACGAAAAACUACUAUUUUGAGUAAACACCUUCAAUUCAAUUUAAGAACUGAGCCUUGCCUUCAUUUCCAAAACUGAUUUUUUGAAUCACUUCAUUUAAACUAUUGACUGUUAAAAAAGUUUUGAGCUUUUUGCAUUUACAUGAGCAAUUUACAAGGUUCGUACGGUUCAUGGAAAUCCUGGAAAGUCAUGGAAAAAAGAUUACCCAAUUUCAUACCUGGAAAAGUCACGGAAAUUGAUUUAAAGUCAUGGAAAAAUGUCUUUGAUAGUAAUAAAGUAACGAUAGCUAAAAAAAAAAGCAUUAGAAAAUUUUGAGAGAUUUAAAAGUAUUGCUAGUAAAAGCUAUUAACACUUGAAAAUUUAACGAUCCCAAAAAACAAAUCUGAGUUUUGGGAUUCUAUUGCAACCGCUUCUGUAACAGCCACCCACCUUAUUUUGUAAUGAGAUUUUACUGCUGGGACAUCACUAAUUUUGAAUUCAAAAUUAUUUUCAGCACUUCUUUUUUGUUAUAUUUUGUAGUAGUGGACUUGCAUGUUUUUGAUUUUACCACACCCACUCAAAAAGUGUAAUUUAAUUGCAUCCGAGUUUAUUUCAACCUCUCGUAAGAAAAAAGCAUUAAAUUUAUCAGAACUUAUUUUAAUUUGUUGAAGGCUUUAGAAAACAAAGACUUUAGUCAGGCAAUACAUAGAAAUAAUUCGUGAGUUUAACAUUAAAUAGUACUAUUCUCUUUGUGUAACAAGGUCAUGAAAAUUUUUAUGAAAUCAUGAAAAAGCCUUGGAAAAGUCAUGGAAUUUUUUUUUAUCCGAAGUGAGUAUGAACCCUGAAUUUAGUACAGUGGACGUCGGUAAAUUGAAUCAGUGGUUAAAUGAAUCAAAUGCUUUUGUGAAUGAAAUUGUCAAAAACUAUUGAAUUAGCCACUUUAUGGAAUCAACAUGGUUUGGAACAAAUAUGAUUCAUAUAAGCGGCGGCCACUGUACAGGAAUAAUUUAGAGAGAGGUGCAGCUUUAAAAAUACAAGUGUGGGACAGCUCUUGUUGCCACAGAAAGUUGUAAAAACUUGAGUAGAAUUUGGAAUGUUCUGAAUCAUUUAUGUAAUCUGUGAUAUAUUUCGACAUUUCUAAUUAAAAAGUCUUCGAGCCAUUACCCUUUUCUGAUUAUGCAGAAAACAUUUCUUAUGUUCUGAACCUUCUUCUCAGCCCUGUUAUUUAAGAAGAUCUUGUGAGAGCAACUGCUCCCUGACUAUGAUAUACAUGAGUAUCACAGCCCAGUCAGAAAUAGCUUCUGGAGAGGGUUUUUCGAUCAAAAAUACCUUCUGAAGAGGUUUUUUUUUUUUUU